CUCGAUUUACUGUCAAAAGCAUGAAAUUGCCUUCUUGAUGGCAGUCUGCAGAGAUCAUUGUGCGAGAUUUAGAAGUGUACUAUUCUUGUAUAACCCCCCCCAUACUGCAUACCAAGUAUUUUUUCUAUUUUUUCUUCUUCCGGGACAGCCCCGGAUGAAUUUGAGUUCUGGCAUAGUUCUUGCGAAUUUGCUAAAGCCUGUCUUGGGACGUCUUCUGUUGCGUUCCUAGGGAUAAUAGAAGUAGUAGUAAAACAUCAUGGGACAAGAACAAACAGAAGCACGAGGAGGCACCACAAGAGCAUCACAAGAUGAACAGGAUGCAGACUUGCAAUCUCAGAAGUUCGUGGAAGCAUGCUUGGCAUGUGCGUUGGAAGAGAUAGAACAAGACAAUCCUGGAUUCUCGAAGCACUUCGGAGAACAUACACCUUGCACUAUCGAUCCAACUAGCCGAAUUAUUUGUGUCAGACACGCAACGAGCUGUGCCAAUUAUGCGCAAGUGGCCGCGACACUGCCCAAGAGCGUGGCAAGAAUAGAGGAAAUUGGCGGAGAUGUCAGGGAGGAAGAACAGCUUCGGAAAAUUGGUAUACUCUGUUUUUUACUCAGGAUACUGAAAGUGAUGCUCUUGAGAAAGAUUUGCAAAAGGUUCUGGAGUGAUCAUCCAAUCCUCUUUCUCUACUUUCACUUUCUAGUCCUUUCUAUUGCUGAAUGGUACUACAUUUGACCCGUCGUGAAGACCAUCUAUGACGCCCUUAAGGCAGUCUGCACCGAACUGUGUGCGAGAUUAAUUGUCUUGUGUUGUAUUGUAUCGAUCCAAUAUUCUUCUUCAAUCAUUGAUUCGACACAAAAAGAAGAAAUACAACUUCUUCAGGUGAACAGCUAGUCGGUGGUUCUCGUGCGUUGGUCGAUUGCCCUUUGCACCCGUAUGGCAUUGUGCAGACAGAAAAGCGCGCUCACCUCUUACAUGACGUGGAUUUCCAUACCGUCUUAGUAUCCCCUUUACGCCGAACACUCCAGACCUGUGACUCGCUGUUCAAAACCCAUCCACAGCGCGCAAAAAUACGCUUUCUGGUCUUCCCGGACGUGAGAGAGUGGGUCAGGUUCACCGAUGGCAUACCAUGUGAUUACAGACGGUUACGAUACUUGUUUCGGCCGCCAGGAGAGCAGAGUUCUUGUUUAGAAAGUAGUGCAGGACCGGAACCGGAACUACAAGAGGGAGGCUACAAGAGUACUCUCGAUUUCGACUGGAGUUUGGUGGAUGAAACGAUACAAAAAUACUACAAUGAGAAUGAAGUUGUAGUACGCGAAGCAGGUAGUACUACUACAGCUGCUACUGCUAUGAAACCAAAAUCUGUUAUCAUUAUCGUACUUUUCUACUUAAGAAACUUGAUAAUGAUAACAGAUUUUAGUUUCAUAACUGCAGACCACAAACACUGGUUUCUCUCCAGCUUUGCGAAUAAGGAAAAGCGGACACGGCUACAUUCGAAGGUAGCGUCCAUCGUUUCUACAUGUGCUUUGGCUAGUACUAGUAGUACCAGCACAGGCACAGGAGAAAACAGAUACGAUCCUGAUUUCGAUCGCGCUCCACUCUACGCUAACGGCUGUGUGGUAGACAAAAAAUUAGCGAAAACUCCCUUAACUGAUGCGAUGCUACCAGAGAUGCGAGACAUCAUUCCACAUCCUCUAGAGGAUUACUUCGAUGUCAUGCGCAGGGCACGUAAGACUGUGCGAUUUCUCCGUCAAUAUCUCAAGACUAAUGUCCCAGAUGAUCAUGUUACGGCUAAAAAACCCUAAAAAUCAUGCUAGUAAUCUACUUAUAAUAUGAAAAUAUACAUCAUUUUUAGAUCUUCGAUAACCUUUCUUUUUCUAUUAAGUUUUCCUUUUUUUCCUAGUUAGGUCCGCGUCACCACAAAUAUACAUCAUCAGAAACAGAAGCAUCUUGAAGCGCAUCUUGAAGCUGUUAGUCCAAGCAAAAAGAAGCAUCUCGAAGCGCAUCACGAAGCUGUUUGUCACAUCCAAGGAAAAAGAAGCAUCUUCAAGAUGCACGACCUUGCUUACCCUUAGCACCAUGAAUUUUGAUUUUUAGAAUUUGACGAGUACUAAGCUCUAAGAAUGAAAAGCAGAAAAUUGGUAUAGUAGCACAUUAUCGCUUCCUUGACGCCUUGUUUGCUGCGGGAAAGCCAGAAGAUCAGGUCAAAGUUACGGCUUUGAACCUACGUGGCGGCAAAAGUUUCUCGAAUUGCGAAAUCAGUUCAUGGCCCAUGGAUCAGAUGGAAGGAGUGGGGGAGGAGGAAGAAGAACUACCUUAAUAAAUAUUGUUGACUUGUACUUCUAGUGAACAUGAUUUACUGGCCCUGAUUGGCACGAAGAUGAAGACCAUGGUUUAUUAUUUUUGAGAAGAAAACGCCCAGCUUUACUAGCACCACACCGCAAGUGAUGUUUGCUUUGAGAAGAUCGUCGCAGAACAAGCG